GGGUGUGGUGGUGUAUAAAACAUCCUUUGCAUGUAUUUCUCCAUUACUAUAGAUCCUCCAAGACUGACUCUCACUCUCCGAUCUUCUUAAAUCUCUGCAAAUCCACUCUGCUAUCAUCAUGUCUGACGUCCAGAAUGCUAUGGCCCUCCUCAUUGGCUCUUUCAGUAAGUACGCUGGCAGGGAAGGGGACAAUAACACCCUGAGUAAGGCAGAGCUGAAGGAGCUGCUUCACAAUGAAUUUGGAGAUCUGCUGGGGAAAGCCACUGACAAGGCAGCUGUGGACCGCCUCUUCGAAGGCCUGGACACAAACAAGGACAACAGUGUGGACUUCAAGGAGUUUAUCCACAUGGUCACCUGCCUCACUGUGAUGUGCCACGGACACUUCACCAAAAAAUAAGGAUCCAAGCGUCCUCUGAGGGCCAGCAUAAAGACAAGCCUUCCUGUGAGAGAGAUGAUGCUAAAUAGCCAUGAAGUCACAAAACAUUAUAUUGUAAUGCACAAUGAAAUAAAGGUUUUUCUUUGAAACACA